AUGCCUGUAGCAAUGGCAACAACGUUGCGCAAACUAUUAACUGGCGAACUACUUACUCUAGCUUCCCGGCAACAAUUAAUAGACUGGAUGGAGGCGGAUAAAGUUGCAGGACCACUUCUGCGCUCGGCCCUUCCGGCUGGCUGGUUUAUUGCUGAUAAAUCUGGAGCCGUUAUCUACACGACGGGGAGUCAGGCAAACUAUGGAUGA